AUGAAACAUUUUAUUGCCGCCGUGUGUAUGAUGGGACUUUUUCUCCAAGGCAUCACAAAAUCCACACUGAGACACUCAGAGUUUCAACUGGAAGGAGAUUAUUUACUUGGUGGACUUUUUGACAUCCAUUUUAUCAGCUCACCUCCUUCACAGAAAAGACCUGAAGCCAUCGACUGUUCUAGGGAGAUUUUCCUUCUUCCAAAUUACCGAAGGUUUCAGUUGAUGAGAUUCACGGUUGAGGAAAUAAAUAACUCCACCACCCUGCUGCCAAAUGUCACCCUUGGCUACGAGCUAUUUGACCACUGCUCGGACACACGCAGCUUCACAGAUAUCCUCAAGCUCAUCUCCGUCGAUGGCUCCAUCCAACCUUGGCGGGAGCCAUCAAAGAAUCGGUCCAAAGUGAUAGCACUGAUUGGUCCUUUCACCAGCACACAUACCCUGACUGUAGCACCGUUUUUCAUGGUGGAUCACAUUCCUGUGGUCAGUUAUGGCAGCACUGCUUCAGUUUUUUCCGAAAAAUGCAAAUACCCGUCUUUUCUACGAACAGUGCACCCCAAUCAGGACACUGUAGGAGUGAUUGCCAUGAUUCUUCAACACUUCAGCUGGCGUUGGGUUGCUUUCCUCCACAGCAACAAUGACUUUGGCGUCGACGGCUUGGAGAUCUUCAUCAAAAGGAUUAAAAACACCGACAUCUGCCUGGCUUAUUCCAAGGCCCUUGCUGAAGACACUGAUUACUCACUAGUCUUCAAACAGAUGGAGAAACAAAACCUAAAUGUGAUUAUUGUGUUCGCGCCAAAGAUUUACGCCGAAGCCGUCAUUAAAACUGCAAUUGAGCAGAAUGUCACCAACAAAGUGUGGAUAGCGGAUGACGGAUGGUCUUUAAACAAAAAGCUCCCCAACAUGAAGGGAAUCAGAAAUAUUGGAACUGUACUCGGGGUUGCUCAGCCAGUGCUAACAAUUCCUGGUUUCGAUGAUUUUAUCUACUCUACGGUAGGGCGGGCAAUCAAAGCAGAUGCCGAGCAGCAGACGUGCAAUCAGGUUUGCAACUGCAGAAAUCUGACUGCUGGACAAAUUAUUGCAGCAGAUCCGUCGUUCUCUUUCCCGAUUUAUUCCGCUGUGCAUGCUGUUGCCCGGGCUUUACAUAACAUCCUACAAUGUGAAACUGACAGAUGUGAUAGCGCUAUACCGGUGCAGCCAUCUAUGGUGGUAGAAGAACUCAGGAAGUCCAACUUCACAUUGCUGAACCAGAGUGUCCUAUUUGAUGAGAAUGGAGACCCAAAUUUUGGGCACUUUUCAAUAGUUUUCUGGAACCACAGUGGCAAUGCUCAGGAGGUUGGCUUCUACCAUUUUAACCAAUCUCCUAACUUCUACAUCAACAAUACCCAAAUUCAGUGGCACACAGACGAAGAGGUUCCGAUCGCAAUUUGUUCCCCCGAAUGUCCAACAGGAUAUGCAAGAAAAACAAUUGGAAUCCAUAAAUGUUGCUUCAGGUGUGAAAUAUGUCCACCUCAAACAUAUGUCAACAUCACAGAGGAUCCCUACAACUGCAUCAGCUGUAAGGAGACAGAGUGGUCUGAAGAAGGAAGUACAUCAUGCAACCUGCGGCUAGUGGAGUACGUUCCCUUUACAGACAGCAGAGCUAUACUGGUAAUGGCCGGGAACUUCAUCUUGCUGGGUCUCAUUCUGGCUGUAGCUCUCCUCUUUGCCGUCAACUACCACACUCCUGUUGUCAGAUCUGCUGGAGGACCGAUGUGCUUCCUGAUCUUAGGCUGCCUCACUCUGUGCAGUAUCAGUGUGUUCUUUUACUUUGGUAAGCCCACAAAUGCUUCUUGCGUCUUGAGGUAUGUCCCAUUUCUUCUGUGCUACUCCGUUUGUCUGGCAUGUUUUGUUGUGCGCUCCUUUCAGAUUGUUUGCAUUUUUAAAAUAGCUGCCAAGUUCCCCAAACUCCAAAGCUGGUGGAUAAAAUAUCACGGCCAAUGGCUGCUCAUCACAGGGACAUUCUCAACUCAGGCCAUGUUGAUUCUCAUUAGCUUUUCUUCUCACCCUCCCAGACCAUACAACGAGACAUCAUGGUACCAGGACCAAAUUGUUCUGAGCUGUGACUUAAAUCUCGCUGUAGCUUCUUGUUCUUUUAUUAUUCUCCCUUUGCUUUGUUGCCUUUGCUUCAUUUUCUCCUACAUGGGAAAAGACCUGCCAAAGAAUUACAACGAGGCCAAAGCCAUAACCUUCUGCCUGCUGCUGCUGAUCCUCACCUGGAUAGUGUUUGCUACUGAAUACCUGCUUUACCGUGGAAAGUACAUCCACACUCUCAAUGCUUUGGCAGUUCUGUCAAGUCUUUACUCUUUUCUCUUGUGGUAUUUCAUCCCAAAAUGUCACAUCAUGAUUUUUCAGGCUAAUAAAAACACACAGAAAUAUUUUCAAGGUCUUAUUCAAAAUUAUACCAAAACAAUUUCCCAGUAG